UCCGGACCACAUCUCCCAACAUGCCCUGCGGGUGACGGUCCCGUGACCCGGUUGCCUCGCUCCUCCCGGGUUGUGGUAAAGAUGGCUGACGAGGACGGGGACGGGAUCAUCUCAAGCCAACGGAACGGGGGCGGGGGGUUCAGUAUUGUUGGUGGUCCGAGAGUAGUGCGGAUAGUCAAAUCCGAAUCUGGUUACGGGUUUAACGUGCGCGGCCAAGUGAGCGAAGGCGGUCAGCUGCGGAGCAUCAACGGGGAGCUGUAUGCGCCGCUCCAACAUGUCAGUGCAGUGCUGCCCGGGGGAGCCGCUGACAGGGCAGGGAUCCGUAAGGGAGACCGCAUCCUAGAGGUGAACGGUGUGAAUGUGGAAGGAGCCACACACAAGCAAGUAGUGGAUUUGAUCCGUGCCGGAGAGAAGGAGCUGGUACUAACUGUAUUGUCUGUUCCACCACAUGAGGCAGAUAGUCUGGACCCUAGUGACGACUCCUCUGGACAGUCAUUCUAUGACUACACAGAAAAACAAGCUGUCCCCAUCUCUAUCCCUACAUACAAACACGUGGAACAGAACAGCGAAAAAUUUGUGGUUUACAAUGUAUACAUGGCUGGGAGACAACUUUGCUCCAAACGUUAUCGAGAAUUUGCCAUCCUUAACCAGAACCUGAAACGUGAAUUUGCUAAUUUUACCUUCCCUCGGCUACCAGGCAAGUGGCCGUUCUCCUUGUCUGAGCAGCAGCUGGAUGCAAGGAGGAGGGGAUUGGAAGAAUACCUGGAGAAAGUUUGUUCCAUUCGAGUAAUUGGAGAAAGUGACAUCAUGCAGGAAUUUCUUUCCGAGUCGGAUGAGAAUUACAAUGGAGUGUCCGAUGUAGAGCUUCGUGUUGCAUUACCUGACAAAACUACCGUGACGGUCCGUGUGAAGAAGAACAGCACCACUGACCAGGUGUACCAGGCUCUUGCUUCAAAGAUUGGGAUGGAUGGAAUCACAGCCAACUACUUUGCUUUGUUCGAGGUCAUUAACCACUCCUUCGUCAGAAAGCUGGCACCCAACGAAUUCCCACACAAACUAUAUGUACAGAACUACACCUCGGCCAUCCCUGGAACCUGCUUAACCAUCAGAAAAUGGCUUUUCACUACUGCUGAAGAAGCUCUUCUUAAGGACAAUGACCUUGCUGUCUCAUACUUUUUUCACCAGGCAGUGGAUGAUGUAAAGAAAGGCUACAUCAAAGCUGAAGACAAGUCCUACCAGCUUCAGAAACUCUGUGAGCAACGGAAGAUGCUAAUGUACCUAAAUAUGCUGCGGGGCUGUGAAGGCUACAAUGAAAUUAUGUUCCCUCACUGCUCCUGUGACUCCCGCCGGAAGGGACAUGUAAUUACCGCCAUUAGUAUCAAACACUUCAAACUGCUAGCCUGCACGGAGGAAGGGCAGCUGGAGAACCAAGUGAUUGCCUUUGAGUGGGAUGAGAUGCAACGGUGGGACACUGAUGAGGAGGGAAUGGCAUUCUGCUUUGAGUAUGCCCGGGGGGAAAAAAAACCUCGAUGGGUGAAAAUCUUCACUCCUUAUUUUAAUUACAUGCAUGAAUGCUUUGAGCGGGUAUUCUGUGAGCUGAAAUGGAGAAAAGAGGUGGAAGAGGAAGCAACAGAUAAGGACAACAAAAACUGCAGUAGUGACAGUACAUGCAGCAAGAACAUAUUUCAGAUCGUGAGAUUACAGCAGAAAGAUACUAGCACUUAGUAUCCUCAUUCCCCUGGUGUCUGAACAGAGAUUUAUCGACACUUAGCUCACCUGAGAUCCGUAACAGAAAUCACGUGAUGAACCAUCCUUUCAUUUGGAAGAAAAGGCCGACUGGCUUAGCUCCUUUUUGCACUGGGUCUACGGUGCACUGUACAGUACAUGCUGGAGUUAAGCUUCUCACUCCUUCCAUACAGACUCAUUUACAUGUAAUUUAAACAUCUCCUAAGCAGCAGCUUUGUCAUAGACCCAUUUGUAAUUUCCCUUUUGCUAUUAGUCUGUCUCAGCCCUAACAAUGUUCUCCAACUCUUCUGUUUCAUCUAACACUACUACUUGGUUACACUGAACUUCAUGAGUUUGGUUCUCAACUUUUGAAGUUGAGGACAUGUUUUCAGCCUGAACAGAAGAUCCACAAAAAGGAUUUGAUAUGGUAGUGUUUGCCAAUAAUUGUUUGAAAUCUUCUUAACACAAUGUAUGAUUUAAUGGACUGAUGCAGGACCCAUCUUCACAUUUGCACACCUCAUUGAUGGAACCCGCAACUGAAACGUAAAAAGAAUUGGGACAGAUUUAGGCAUUGCUUUUUGGGACUUAAUUACAGAAACCUAGAAGGGUUUACAUUUCACCUGAAUAUAUAUAUAUUUUUGCCCCUCAACAAAAAAGCCGCAAGACUACCUGAGAGCACAGAGUCAGGGCUGUAGUGUAUGUUCUGCUCUUUCUUGCACAUGCACCUGUAUAUAAGGAAAAAAUCAUCAUUUUUACAUUUCAUAUUGAACUAGGAAUUGAUGAGCAGGUGUUUACUCACCCUUUUUUUGCCUGUGCAGUAUAUAUACCUCUCCUUCAGUAAGGAUUUCAGUAUUCAGUCUGCUCCUAGUCGGCAGUCUCUAAGAUUUUUAUCUUUUUGGGGGGAGUUUGGUUUGCUCUUUCUAGCUGCAUCCAAUUCUUAUUUAGGAUAUUAACCUUUUUAAUGCAGGCUCCUUUUGCUAGUAAAAGGGUAAAUUCUGUUUAGCAGUUACUGGAGUCUUGUGGGGGAUAAAGGAACUUUAAUCUGGACAAAAAAACACUUUAUCUUUAUAACUUUGUUUCUGUGAACUUCAACGAUUGUCAGUCAAGGAUGGCAGCGGAGCACUUGAUUCGUGUAAACUUCAGGAAGGUGCAGUGAAUAGGACAAGCGUGUAGUAUGUGCAUGUAAAGCAACUUUUUUUAACUGUAAAUAUGAUCAUGCUGCAGUAAAGGUAAUGAAAAGUGACAAAGCAACUUAUGAGAUUGUUCCUGUUUUUGUUUCCCCCUCCCCCGAGCCUUUAACAUCAAUGUACUCAAUGUUCUGCAGUGCUCACAAAAGAGCGGCAAUCAUUUAAUUAAACAGGUAAAUAAAGUUUUGACAUUUGAAACUAGCAGGAAAUGCAUGUUUGUACACAACUGAUACUACUGUAUUAAUACCAGCUGGCUAAUAGGGACAACUCCACACCCUUGAGCCCGACAAUUUUUGUUUUUAUAAUAGAAACGUACUUUUUUCCAAAAUCAAAAUACUUAAUAGAUUUUGAAAUACCACAACUUAAAUGAACCAAAUAAUAUACGAUGUACGAGCAUGAUGUUUUUUUAAGGACCGCUCUGCUUUAGUUCAGAGAGUAAUUUUAUGCAGAGCCAACUGUUUUUCAGGAGUAUACCCCAAGCAAUGGAUAGGAUGUCUCUGGAUUAAAGUGUCUAUUCUGAUUAACUUAUACAGCAGCGUGUUCCUUUCUGGUGGAUAUUGGCAUUCUUUCUCUGGUCUACAAACCCAAAACACAAAUGUAACACACCACAGCAAUAACAAAACUGGCAGGAACCUGAAGUAUUGAACUGAAUGACUUGGGCCUGCAGUAUGUUUAGUAGCACUGGAGAUCCUGUUCCUGAAAUGUCCUCUGUCACUUCCCUCCCUACCCCACUCCUCUCAUUCUCCACCACAAUAUUUUUACUCACCUUUGUGUGUCAGUUUUAAUUUAUUUUUCAAGAAAUCUAACCAUUAUUUUUUUUUGACAGUAUAUUUUUAUUUGUGAUUUGAAGAAUAUAAAGAGAGUUUAAUAAGCAAGAGAGAUUCCAGCUGAAUUGUCAGUGUUUUAAUUUCAUGUUGUAGAGCUAACCACUCUAAUGUUGUUUGGUAAAAGUCGCCUUAGUGUAAUUAAUUGUAUCAUAUUCUUUUAAAUAAAUCAAUUUAUUGAUGAGACUAAAA